AUGUCAGAUAGUUUCAAGCAGCAAGGAUCAAGCUCCGAUGAUAUCAACGGUGCGUUUUCACCUAAACCAAUUUCACCAGCCAAGAGGUCGAAGUUACUAGGAAAUACCACAGACUUUCGUUCCGGGACUCCAUUACAAACUCGAGCAGCAUCGCCAUGCACUUUAAACCCACCGAUUGAUAGCGAUGGGUUGUCAUGGCCAUCAAAGGGUGCCAGACUGAGAUUGGAGCAAACUUCCGACGAGGCACAAGCCAGAGAAAAGCGAAUUGCUAGCGCAGUCAAGACUAUUUUAGAAGAGUUGGGAGAAGACACCGAUAGAGAAGGAUUAUUGGAAACCCCUGAGCGUUAUGCCCGUGCGAUGUUAUAUUUUACAAAAGGAUAUGAAGAUAAUAUUCGUGAUGUCAUUAAGAGAGCCGUAUUUGAAGAAGAUCAUGAUGAGAUGGUUAUUGUAAGAGAUAUUGAAAUUUAUUCAUUAUGUGAACAUCAUUUAGUUCCAUUCUUUGGAAAAGCUCACAUUGCAUAUAUUCCUAAUAAGAGGGUUUUAGGGUUAAGCAAAUUGGCUAGAUUAGCUGAAAUGUAUGCAAGAAGAUUCCAAGUUCAAGAAAGAUUAACAAAACAAAUUGCGAUGGCCCUAAGCGAGAUUUUAAGACCAAGAGGUGUAGCCGUUGUAAUUGAAGCUACCCAUAUGUGUAUGGUCAGUAGGGGGGUUCAGAAGACUGGUUCCUCUACUACCACUAGUUGUAUGUUGGGAUGUUUCCGUGAUCAACAAAAGACAAGAGAAGAGUUCUUGACCUUAUUGGGAAGAAAAUGA